AUGGCUGCCGCUCUCCUCCGAUGUACAGCGGCUUGUUCUCCUCCUCAUCUUCGGGCCUCUAAGCUCCCUUCCAGGGGCCAUGGGCGGGCAAUGGCGGUCUUGGAGGAAGCUCGGCAGCUGCGGCUGCAGUAUGAUCUCCAGAAGGGGCAGUCCCGAUUCUUCCACCGGCUCCCCUCGGGGCUGGGCAUGGAGGUCAUAUUCCAGAAGGGGGCUGGCGGGGUGGCUGGCCAGGAAGCGCCGGCAUACUCUGGUAGCGGCAGAAAGCCGCCCUUGGUCUUUGUCCAUGGUAGCUUCCACGCUGCCUGGUGCUGGGCCGAACACUGGUUGCCUUUCUUCUCGGGCGCCAGCUACGAUUGCUACGCCGUCAGCCUACUGGGUCAGGUAAGCUUCAGAUGUCUCAUACAUUAGUUUCUGUUUUUUUUUUCUUCGGUCUCUUCUGAUGGCGCCGUGUCGUUCUUGUGUGAUUCUCAUGAUAGUGAUUCGUCUUUGGUUCUAAUGAUAUAUUGUCAGCGAACUUCCCUUCUGCAAUACUCUGAUAUUGAUUGUCACCCGAGCAUUGAUAUUUUUGUGUGGGCCUGUGUGGAAGGAGAGAAUCCAUGACCCUGAGGCUUAGUUCGGUGUGGAGAUGGAGAACUUUUUAACGGGAAUGAGCAUUUUGAUACUGUAGAUCCAAAUUCCUUGGGAAAAAGAGGGCCAUUCCGUUCGGCUGAAAGGGAGAGGGGUUGGGGAGCAAAAUUCUACUUGAUUUGUAGUUUCGAUCUUUACGUUUGCUGUUCAAGUGCCCGAUGUAGACGGGCAUGGUCAUCGAGGAGGGUCUUUUCUUUGUGUGGAAAGGUGACGUCACAUAUGGCCAGAAAGAUGACAUCAUGCAUUGGCCAUUCCACCGUAGAAUCUUUGUGAUGCAUGAGGGGAACGGCUGCUCCUACAAUGCACAAGGUGAAGAUUUGGAUGUCACAAGAUGUAAUAUGAGGUAUGAUCUUGAAUUCAUGUAGGCGCUAGGGAUGUAGGGGAGGAGAGGUGUUUUCCAAGCGUUGGGGCCUCACUCGUGACGAAUCCAGGAAGAUCUUGGUCUCACUGGUUUCAUUCUUCCUCUAUUUUUUACUCAUGGAAAGGGAAGACAAGAUUGAGAAUGGAUAAGACAGCGAUAAUAAAGGCAGAUGAGGAACGCUAGGUUUAUAUAUAACAGUGGGAAGAAUUGGCCCAUCUAACUCAAAAUCAAUUGAUAAAUUAUAGAGAUGAUCUGAGUAUUUAAAGCCUUCUUUUGGCCUGUCUGUGGCGCUUUGGUGCACAAGCAAAGCAGGCGUCACCACCAUGAGAAGACAAGCCCAUUACUAAAGGCCUCGCUGAUUUUCUGGUAGAAAAGUCAACUGCUUUCUUUCACAUUCAAUGGACUGUGAUUUCUCUUGCUUUCCCUCAUUUGGUUGUCAAGGUAGGUAGCUUCUGAGAUUUUCUGGGAAAGGGUAAGCAGAACAGAAGUGUGCCAUAUACAUUUGCGUGUCUUUGGUGGAACUGAGGAACUAUCAUUGAUAAUAUGAAGACAUAAGCCAUAUAUUUAAGCACUCUUUGUAACCUUUCCUUUAAUGAUUAAGUAUUCAGGAUGAAAGUUGAGCUUGUGCAAGACGUAUGCCCAUCAACUAUAUUCCCUCUAAUUUACCUGUAGAGGCAUUGUACAAUGUUUUCUUUCUUCUCAGUUGGCUGUUAACUACAAAUGCCCUUCUCCUUUCUGACGGAUGUGAAAUUUUCACCUUACAACAACAAAUACGUACUAACUUUCUCUGCGAGUGCCUUAAAAUUUUUCCAAAUGUUUUGGGCGUUUGGAAGGCAGUACCUGUAGAGCCAUAUACUUUUUUUUUUUUUUAAAUGAUAUCUACUUUUCAAAUUUAGAUUGAACUUCAUUUUCUUUUGUGUCAUAAUAUUCUGGCUCACUGAAUUUUUGAAAAUGGUUUACAAUUUUCCCUCCCUUUUCUGUGGAGGGAUAAUUCCAUGUUAUUAGACGAGCUAAUUUUAUAUUAUUUCGAAUUUUUAGCUUUCAUGUAUCUGCUUUUCUGUUUCUUCCGCAUGCAAUUUAUAGAUUGCCAUGUGCACAUUUGUUACAGCAUGUGCAAUAGAAUGUUAUCCAGUAUCAGCGAUCAUUGCCUGAAAGAUGAAGUCCUGUCGAUGAGUUGGUCUUUUGACUUUCUAAACUGAUUCAUUUGGCGUAGGGUGAAAGUGAUUUGCCCAUGGAUGCCAUAGCUGGAAGUCUUCAGGUACUUAUCUAAUGAAGUUUCUUUGGUUAGAAAAAAGCAGAUCACCUAUAGAUUUUAGUAGUGAGUGCUUGAAGUCUAUUAUCUGCUUUGGUUGCAUCAGCUUCGCUUGCCUGCCUUGCUCAUUCACAUUGCUGGUAACUUUGUAGUAGACUCAUACGAGCGACUUAGCUGACUUCAUCCGGAAGGAACUCGAGAUACCACCAGUGCUGGUUGGCCAUUCAUUCGGUGGACUCAUUGUUCAGUCUUACAUAUCACAUGCGGGAGCUGCUUCUUCAGUCUCUCAUGCAUCUGAAUCAGGUGGGUCCACAAUUCUUAGCAUCUGCAGUGAACUGAAGCUACUGAAUCUGCGGAUUUUUUCCAUCCCAUUAUUCAACAAAGCUAUUUUUCUGAUGACUUCUUUCGAUUCUAUUAACAUGUUUUUAAUUAGAGGACAUUGCUGACAAUCGCUGGACUUCCACAUGCAGUAGAGCUUUUUUUAGAGCCUGGCCUUGCCACCAGAAGCUAUUGACAUGAUGACGCUGGAGUUCCAGAUUUUUUUCAGGAAUGAUGAUGUUGAACACUCCCUUUUGUGCAGUCAGAAAAGAUUCACGAGCGAUGCUUGCAGGAGCUGUUCUUCUGUGCUCUGUACCUCCUUCAGGAAACAGGUGGAUAAUCGAGAUCCCUUUUCUGACUUUUUUGCUGUUGCAGAGUCUUAUGAGUGCAAUAUAUUGCCUCUGAGAGAAAUGUUUCUUGAUUCUAGUGGGUUAGUUUGGCGGUAUCUCUUGUCAAAUCCAGUUGCUGCCUUCAAGGUACUAAAUACGUCCUUUCUACGGACUAAUAUUCUCACUCACCGAUUGUUGAGGAUGAUUCUAUGAGAUGCUCCAUGCCCACUUCUCUUGUUUCUGUUCAUGCUCCUCUUAUUCUGAACGCCCAAACAGGUCACUCUCAGCCUGGCGGCCAAGGCUUUUGCGAAUUCUUUGCCUCUUUGUAAGGAGACAUUCUUCUCGUCGACAAUGGAUGAUGGUGAAGUCCAACGGUCAGUAGUAAACAUUUUUUUUGUCUUACUGCUUUGUUUUUAACCUAUGAGGUCGAAGCCUUUUAUGGGCUCAUCGACCUCCAAUCAAAGAAAGCCAUAUUAAAUGUUAAAAGCAUUUAAUAUGGCUACCUCGUAUUGAAUGUGGUGAAAGUAUUAGAUGAGUAAACCUACCUCAUAUCAAAUGUGGUGAAAGGCACUCAAUGGGUCCAUUAAUGUUAAUAACCGAAUUGCUGAUUCAGAAGGUUUUUCGAUAGAAUAAAAUCUCUAACAAUCUGCAAGGAAAGCUUCACAGAUUGGUCAAACUCAGAAAGUACAAAGCCCCGAUGGGUUGCUAAAAACUUAUAAUGAACUUGAGAUAUUGUUGCCUAGGCAAUACCUUGAGGCUCGUGUAUCAAGGAUAUUCCAUUUGUAAGAUCUAACUUACUUGGAAGGAAUCAAGUUUUGAUUUUAGAAGGUUUGUCCAUAUAUGAAUAUAAUGAAAUAUCUCUAAGGUGACGUCCACAAAUGGAUCAAACCAGGAAAUAAAAAGCAUGCAAAAUAAUGUUAACAGAGUGACCGAGUUAUUCGUUUUCUUUGAAUUUCAGUACAAGGGAAAAUACCUUGAAGGAGAAAUAAUUGAAGGAAUCAAUUGAAUGGCAGUAAAUAUUGCCUAAAUUUUGGGGAGUGAUCUAAAAUUUUCUUUUUGUGAGCAGCCACAGGCAGAAAAACCUUGAAGUACGUUUUUCUGCUGCAGAAAGCUCCAUAGGUCUUUCAAAAACGACGAAGAGUAUCUAAAUAUAACCGAAAUAUAUAAAAGAAGAAGACUGUCAUACUUCCAUGCAGGCAUUAUGAGACUGCUAAUCGAUAUGAACUUCAGGUUCGUGAUCAUUACCUAAAGCCAAAUAUUGGAAAUAAAAAAAUAUCCCACGUUUUUUAAACCUGCGUUACAAAAUUAAUAGCAUUUUAGUGAUCUCAGUCGCAGUUUGGCUACGGAUAAUGUUUACAGAAGGUUAAUAAUGGAGGAAAUACUUCAAUAAGAUGACAUAAGAUGAAUCUGAGCUUGGCAGAAUGAAAUCAGAGUCAGAAAUUUACAAAUAUUUAGUUUUCUUAUUUUAGAAGGAUCAAAGUGGUGAAAUCAUCAAGCGAAUUCCAAUUCGUAUGUAACAUGUGGAUAAAAUUUAUGAUGUUGAGUCAGUUACUUUUAAAUGCUUUUUGAGGAGGUUAACUCAUUUUCUAAAAAAUGACAUCAUCUAGUGAAUAGUUCAAUCUAUGGAUUUCUCUUUUUUUUCUCUUUUUUUUUCCUCACACGAGUGAUUCAAUGUGCUUUCUUAUCUUCUCUUUCAUCCCAUCACAGUUACCAGAAUCUCAUGAAACAAAGUUCAAGGGUGCCGCUGUUUGACUUAAGAAAGCUGAACGCAUCACUACCUGUGCCCUCUGUACCCCAUGGUUUCGUGGACGUUCUUGUUCUCGGUGCGGGAAGUGAUUUCAUUGUGGUGAGUCCAUGCAUUAGUCCUCGCUAAUUACUCUAAUCUGUAGUUUUCUUUGCUGUUGGAUCUAAGACAAACAGGAACAUAUUGCUGUUGUGUUGAGGUAGGUUAGCCUUGAAUAGGGUUUCUUCAUGCUCUUCUUCUUCUUCUUCUUCUUCUUCCUCUUCCUCUUAAAUCCAUCCCUUCAUUUUAUGGCAAACGGUGGGUUGGCCUUCUGAGAUGAUUAUUUUGAUACAGUCAUGUAUGUUGGAACCUAAGUCGAAGUCUUCUUAUCUAAAGAUAAUAACGGAUCUGCCAUUCAUUCAUUUAUCUAAUUAUUGGUAGGAAACCCAAAUUCCUUUUCUUUUCCAAUUUCACCGCCCAGUUGUUUGCUUCAGGAUUUCCCUACCAUAGGCGCAAAAAUAUCUUCUUUAAAUAUCUAUCAUCAGUAUUUGAGUUCUUUAAUUGCUGAAUCUGUACUCGAAAAACUUUUUUUUUAUGAUUUGUUUAUGUCUUGAGUUAUCUUUCAUUAUCAUCCGAACAUGCCUCUGCCUUCAACCCAGGAAACUCUGUGAAUUAUGCCCGUGAUAUUGUUUCAGGAUGCGGAAGGCCUCAAAGAGACGGGCAUGUUUUAUGGCGUAGAGCCUGUCUGCCUGGAGGGUGUGGCCCAUGACAUGAUGCUGGAUUCUUCAUGGGAAAAGGGGGCAGAAGCGAUCUUGUGUUGGCUGAAGAACUUAAACUAA